AUGCGAAAGUUGGAAUGGGACUACAUGGGAGUGAAGGUUGAUGGUUGGCAGCUACACCAUUUGCGCUUUGCUGAUGACAUCGUACUGAUAACACCUAGCAUCAGCCAAGCGGAACGAAUGCUGACCGAAAUCGACGAAACAUGUGGAUGCAUCGGUCUUCAGCUGAAUCUACAAAAGACGAUGUUCAUGCGGAACGGAUGGGUCUCGGUUGUCCCAUUCACCCUCAACGGAACGAACAUAUCCGAAUGCACCAGCUACGUUCAUCUGGAUCGAAAAUUGAACAUGAUGAACGACCUAACCCCCGAGAUGGGCAGGAGGAGACGAGCGGCUUGGGGAGCGUACAAGAGCAUCGAGGAUGUAGUGAAGAAGACCAGGAACACCCGGCUCCGUGCUCACCUCUUCAACAACACCGUACUUCCUGCUUUGACCUAUGCUUUGGAAAUUUUUGGGCAUUUCGCAAGCAGGAAGAAAACGCGGUGA